UGGUGACAUCAUGAGUGUUGUGAAGUCCAGUCUGUCAGUAGAACAGGAGAAGAAGCUGCUGUCUCUGUUCGGCCAUGUCAGACUCCACCUGCUCUACAAAGCCAGCGUCCAUGGCUACAUGARUACAGCCUUCCACAGCCGCUGUGAUGGCCAGGGACCCACCGUACUUGUGGCCUACAACAAGGCUGGGUUUGUUUUCGGAGGUUACAUCAGUAAGGACUACGCCCAGACUAACCAGGCCAUCAACGAUGAUAAGGCCUUUCUCUACAGCAUCACUGACCAGAGAGAAAAGCCACUGCGUGUGUCCAGUACCAAUGGCCAGUAUGGUUUCACGAAUGGAGCCUAUGGUCUUAAUGUUGGUGUCUUGUGGUUCCUUAAUAAUAAYACCGCUACAGUUCAAAUUGUUGCAGGGAACAGCUACACCUUUGAAGGGGAAGAGAUGCAUGGCAAUGACCUGCAGCUGRCAGAGUGUGAGGUGUACAGAGUGGAAGGUGAGUGGUCAUUUAUAACCGGAUUCAGCCAGAGCCUUCGCCGAGAUCGGAUCAGCAGAAGCUUCCGCCAGACCGGAUCAGCCAAGAGCCGUCCGCGCAACCGGAUCAGCCAGAGCCUUCCGCCAGAAGCGGAUCAGCCAGAAGCCGUCCAGUCCACGGACGCAGCAGAGCGUCAGGUACAGGACAGCCCAGAGCCGGUCCAGCCGAGGACCAGCCCCAGAGCCGUCAGGCCCCUAGGACCUGCCAAGCCGUCGCAAGAAGCAAGGACUGCCAGAGCCCGUUCCAGAUCCCGACCUUUGCCAGGAGGUCCCUCCAGUUCCAGCGGACAGAGAGUUCCGGAGUGGGGUCCCCCUCUAGUCACGGACACUGCCGGAGUCCUCAGCCCGGGACAUGCUGCGGAAGUCUCUCAGCCUCGGACUGCCUGGAGGUCCCCUCACGACCCGACUGCCGGAGUACCUGCCAGCCCGGACCUGCCGGCAGCCCUCAGCCCGAGCUGCUGCCCUUAUCCGGAGCUGCUGCCAUCCUUAUCCCGGGAGCCUGCUGCCCCCCUGUCAAUACUGAUGGCCGCUGGGCAGACGGAUGGCUCAGACGGCUCUGGCAGACAGAUUGGCUCAGACGGCGCUGGGCAAGCAGGGCAGCUCAAGACGGUGCUGGGCAGUCGCAGGCAGCUCACGACCCGGCGCUGGGCAGAACGGAUGGGCGUCAAGACGGGUGGCAGGCAGGCAGCCAAGACCCGCAGUGCAAGCAGUGCCAGUCGUGCCGAGCGCACCUCCGACCACGGGAGGUGGAAUAUCUCGCGCACCGGCAAAAUCUCGGGACACCUGCGUAAGGCUGGUCCAUGUGUGCCGGACCGAGGCAGACGCAGGAGACCAGACGCGAUGAGCGGCUUCAAUUGGCACGCUGGUGUGCUCCUCACCCAUGCCCAAUCUAGCCCUACCCCAUUCCGUACCUACAGCAUCAAGGCAGAGCAGGGUGGGAAGGCUCUCCCUCUGGUCCUGUGUGACACCAUGGGCCUGGAGGAAGGACCCAGCGCAGGGCUGGAUAUAGACGACAUCAACAGUAUCCUGAAGGGCCACGUACAAGACCGGUACCAGUUCAACCCGUCCAUGUCUGUCCAGACGGAUGGUGUCGGGUUCUGUAAGUCGCCCAGCCUGAAGGACACGAUCCACUGUGUGGUCUACGUACUGGACGCCUGCAAGGUCACUCUGCUCUCUGCCAAGAUGGUGGACAAGCUCGCCGCCAUCCGCAAGGGGAUCAACAAAGCUGCUGGACAUCACACACAAGACAUCCUCCUGCUCACUGUCGUGGUCCAGAUGCUUCGCUACUCUAACAACUACUUUGAUGACAUCUAUCAGGCUAGGGAACCAGAAAAUGAGGCUAGGGUAUUAGGUGUGAUACUGAUCUGAAGUCAGUCUGGAUUUUACCUUCGAAUAGUUAAGGAUAGGAUUCUGGGGAAUACACUGAUCAGAU